CGUGACGCCACGGGGCGGAUCAGCGGCGCAGGCGUAGCGCGUCACCGACGGCCUGGCAGCGGGCGGCGUUGGAGGCGGACGCGUCUGGACGUGGAGGGGUCGCGGAAUCGGGGCCUGCUGUCCGGGCAUGAGCUGAGGGCACCUCGCCGAGGCCACGAGAGAUUUGAUGGAAGCAGAAACUAAAUCUCUUCCCCUGGAGAACGCAUCCAUCCUCUCGGAGGGCUCGCUGCAGGAAGGCCACCGGUUAUGGAUUGGCAACCUGGACCCCAAGAUCACAGAAUACCACCUCCUCAAGCUCCUCCAGAAGUUUGGCAAAGUGAAGCAGUUUGACUUCCUCUUCCACAAGUCAGGUGCCCUGGAGGGACAGCCUCGAGGAUACUGUUUUGUUAACUUUGAAACUAAACAGGAGGCAGAACAAGCCAUCCAGUGUCUCAAUGGCAAGCUGGCUCUGUCGAAGAAGCUGGUAGUGCGAUGGGCACAUGCACAAGUCAAGAGAUACGAUCAUAACAAAAACGAUAAGAUCCUUCCGAUUAGUCUGGAGCCAUCCUCCAGCACAGAGCCCGCUCAGUCUAACCUAAGUGUCACUGCGAAGAUCAAAGCCAUUGAAGCAAAGCUGAAAAUGAUGGCAGAAAAUCCUGAUGCAGAGUACCCAGCAGCGCCUGUUUAUUCCUACUUUAAACCACCAGAUAAAAAAAGGACUACUCCUUAUUCCAGAACAGCUUGGAAAUCUCGAAGAUGAUGGUUGUGAAUUACUAUAGCAGCAAAAGCAUAUUGGCCUCCACAUAUAAAGUCCUCUGCCUCUGUCCCUUGUAGAUGUGAUUGGUACUAUUUGACAGAACAUUCAUCUAUUAGUUUGGUAACAUAGCAUUUUUGGAUGUUCUUAUGAAUGUGUCGUCCCUGAAGUAUGUGUGGAAUUGAGCAUCAUCCAGAAUAAAUAGGAUUGUCUCCAAAACUUGUGAUUUGAAACACUGGGAUGCUCUAGUUGGCUGAUCUGUUUGGAUUUGUAACUCCAGAAACUUUACAUAGUGUGCCAGAGAGAAAGGCAAACAUGAAAAAUGUUGUUAUUCAAAUCAGGAAACUAAAUUUAUUAACAUCCCUCAAAAAAAAAAAAGAAAGGACUCGGAGCAUUUUCCUCAUGUCUUUACAACGUAAAGAAAAAGAAAGAAGUGGGAUGGGAAGUGAUGAAUUUUAAAUCAUGUUCUGAACUCUUUUGCAGAAUUUACUAUGAAAAUUCCUCCAGUUGGACUGGAGAAAGUUCUUGGCAAAAGAGAGCUGGUUCUUUGAGCAAACAUUGUAGUGAUCUGUUUAGAAAUCAUGCUUGUUGUUUCAAAAUCCCAAUUAGGAAAACAUGGUGUGUAUCUUUAAAAAAACUGUUUGCAUCGACAAAACUGUAGAAUCAAAUUUAGCAUUUUAUACCACAGUGGAAAUUCUGUUUAGAAAU